AUGCUCUCUGCCGGCCUCAAGCGCGAGCUGGAGACGGGCGGCAUCGUCGUCCGCAGAAGGCUGGCUCGGUGGCUGCGGCGGCGGCGACGACGACGACGGCCUCGCGAGAGACCGCAGAGUCUGCGCCGGCCCUCCAUCUCCCAUCACCAUCAGCAACAACAACACCCGCAUGCCUCGACGACCAGCCUGCCCAGCUCGACGGCGGCCGCUCCGUCCAUCAUACACCAGCGUCUGCCCGACAGGCAGCGGAUGAACGGCCAUGAGCUGCCUGCUGCCUCCCAGCCCCGCCUUUCGGCCGGCCCAGGGCUCGCCUACACCGUCUGCUUCUGCUACAACAACAACAACAACAACAACAACAUCUACAGCAUCUACAUCCACCCGCAUAAAAGUCCGGGAUCUCUCGCACAUCCAGUCGUUUGCCAGCGAGGAGGCCGCCGGGUCGUCGCAGCACCGGCCCGGCGGCCUGCAGCGCCAGUACGAGAUCAGCUCGAUGCCCGUGGCCGACGUGAUCGAGAUGGUGGCCGGCCUGCUCACCAAGAUCACCACGACCAACGACCGCCAGCACGAACACCUGCACCGGCACAUCCCCAGGGCCGAGCAGCGCUCGCUGCCGCCGCAGACAACCAGCGUGCUGGCCUUCCACGGCAAGAAUGUGCCCGGCAUCACCAUCCUCAACUACCUCAGCCGCAUCCACAAGUACUGCCCGACCACCUACGAGGUCUUCAUCAGCCUGCUCGUCUACUUCGACCGCAUGACCGAGACCGUCAACUCGCAUCUCCUGCAGCAGAUGCACCGCCGCGCCCAUCUGCGGCCCAGCCCGUCCAUACGCACCAUGUCGACCUCCUCCAACAGACCGCAUACCUCUUCCUCCUCGCCCUUUUUCUCCCCUGCCAAUACCAAUAA